UUGAGCAUUUUGACCAAGGAAAUGGCAGAAGUCCCUAUUAAAGAUAUUGAAUCUUGGGUUUAUCGAUCCUCGGAGACUCGCAUUCAGGAAGUUCAGAAGAAAAAAGGUCGAGUCACCCGCCCGAUGAAUUCUUUUAUGCUCUAUCGGUCUGCAUUUGCGGAAAGGACACAGCAGUGGCUCGGGCAAAAUGAUCAUCGACUUGUAUCCGAAAUAUCUGGCAAGAGCUGGAAAUUGGAGCCACGAGGAAUUCGCCUGAAGUAUGGACAUCUGGCGGAAAUUGAGAAGCAGAAUCACCUGAAAGCGCACCCUGAAUACAGAUUCUCUCCAGCAAAGAUAAAAAGAAGUUCAAAG